AUGGGAAAGGAUUUCAAUCAAAUUUUAGAAAGCGGCAACGAAUAAGAAUUUGUUCCCUUAGGAAAGCCAGCAGAUCCAAAUUUAGUUACCACUCCUGCUAUUUAGGAAAGAAUUAGUGAACGUCAUAUUAAGUUUUAAGCAGCUUAGUUUUAUGCAUAGUCUUUCCUCAGUUUUUUAACUGCUCCUUUAAUCACCACCCAUGUUUCUCUAUAACUCUCUGUUAUUCCUCAUAAAAAUCUUUACGGAGAUACAGUCGAAUAAGACUUGAAAGCACUUGCUAAAGUCAGCAAAGAAAUUACUGUUUAAGACAGACGUAAAUUUGAGCUUCUCAUCAAGUCUGGUGCUACAGGAACUAACAGACCCUUCAGAGCUCCUGUUUAUGGUACUUACAUGGAAGUUUUUAGAGGAUUAUCUAACUAGGGUCUCCUUGGUUUUUAUAAGGGUAAUUUUGUAGGUUUAAUGUACACAUUUUGCAACUCAACUCUGCGUUUCAACUCAAUUGAUAUGCUUGAUUACUCCUAGUAUUCUUUCUAUCAUCAAGGAAAUUCAUUAUUGAGAGGUUUUUCAAUGUUCUUAAUUUGUUCUGCUAUCGAUAUUAUGUGCUAACCUUUGCAAACCAUCUAGUCCAGAUUUAUUUUGUAAAACAGAUUGCCCAACUUUGCAUUAUAUAAAAGCUUUUUAGACGUCUUCAAGCGCCAUAAAAGAUAACCCUUUGAACUUUAUAAAGGUGCAUUAGGUCACUCUAUUAAGAACGCUGUUUUGGCCUUUACUUGGUCUCUAUAUGAUAAGGAUAACGCUAAAUAAAGCUUUUUAAUUUCUACAUUAGCCAGUCAUUUCUUGACCUAUCCAGUGUUAACUGCUAUUAGAAGAGUUUAGUGCUAGAGUAAUCUUCCAGGUAUGAUUCCAAAGAGAUACGGAGGUACUUUCCAUGCUCUUAGAUUAAUAGCUUAAGAAGAAGGUGUCAAAGGAUUAUACAGAGGUUUCAUAGCCUACGCCUUAGCUCAAACCUUCUUAAAUGGCUUCGUAUUUUUAUCUAAUUCUUUCAUCAACAGUGCCAUUUAAGAAUGA